AUGAGCAAUUCAGACCGCGCGCUAUUACGGGCUACGGGCCAACAGCCUUCUGCAAGCACCACAAAGACUAUCCCAAUAUGCUUCAACACACUCAACGUUUACGAGGCUAUCGACAAUCGCAGGAAAUCUGUCGAUGUCGGUGGUCUGGCUAGAUCCAACAAAGACACAAACGAUGGCCUGGGUGAGCUUAUCGGGGAUUUGUUCAAGAAGUCUAAGCACCUAAACGAGGAGGAGGAGGAAGAAGAGCUCAAGAAGCUUGACGAGCGCUCAAAUUCUGAGGACUCUAUUGAAAUUCCCAACAAAGCUUAUCUGAUUCAUAAGCUGUCUACUUGGGCGUUUCAACCUCUCGCCCUGAAUAAAGAAGAACUCUUUCAUUGCGCUGUUAUCAUCUUGGAGUCUUCUCUUCAGUUACCGUCUUUAAGGCACCUCAAGUUAUCACAAUUCAGUUCCUUCUUGAUAGCCGUUCGCAAGUCAUACAGCGCUCCUAAUGCUUAUCACAACUACACCCACGCUAUUGACGUUUUACAAGCAACUUACUCUUUUUUGGUCAUGUUGAAGGUCGUUCCUCCGAUCGACACGCUCACCACUAAAGAACCGUGGUCAAGGUCUGAAGAUGGUCUGGCCUCAAAGCUCCUUUCAGACUGGGAUGUUCUCUCUCUACUUGUUUCUGCUAUUGGUCACGACGUCGGUCACCCCGGUUUGAAUAAUACCUUCAUGAACAAUGCUCAAACCCCGCUCUCUGAAAUCUAUCAAUCCAAGUCAGUUCUAGAGAAUAUGCAUUGCAUAUUGCUCGUACAGUUACUCAGGAAACACAAUCUCGGAUUUCUCAUUGGUGCUUCUUCAAAUUCAUCGCUCACGCCAUUUGACGUAAUCAAUAUAACAAAAAGUCAAUACGAGCCAAAGCAUGAAGAGAAUGAUGGAAAUGCAAUGAGGAGAGCUUCAGCCAAGGUUGAAUCAGAUGUAACAGCGAUGGCUACUGCAACCCCAAACUCCCCAUCGACCCCAACAACACCGACAAAUGAUGGAGUAGGCAGUCACGAUGCUAAACAGUUUCGCAACUUGAUGUCAAAGACUGUUUUGGCUACAGACAUGAGUCUGCACUUCGAUUUUAUGAAGAUGCUUUCAGAGAUGCGCGACCGUAUCUUGAAAGGCAAAGAAAGCAAUGAUACUUUAGAUAGAACUCUGCUUUUGCAAGCUCUGAUAAAAUGUGCUGAUAUCAGUAAUCCUGCUCGUCCGUACCACGUUUGCGAACAUUGGUCUAAGGCUUUACUUGAAGAAUGGGCUAAACAGGCUGCUUUAGAGACACAGCUCAGCUUGCCUGUCACUGUAUUUAGUAGUGCUGAUCCAGUCUCACAAGCUAAAUCUCAAGUUGGCUUUAUCGAUAUGUUUGUUCAGCCGCUGUUCCAGGUUUUAGUCGACUUCUUGCCAGAACUGAAUGGUGUUUUGGAACACUGUCAGAAGAACCGAUAUAGAUGGUUGAAGAGAACGGAGCAAGCAUCCCCUCCACAACCCUCACAACCUUCACCGCUGGCAAUGUCAAGAAAUGUGUCGUUUUCAAGCCAGGGUGGUGGUAUCAGUGGCAUAAGUUCACACAGAUCCUCGAUAUCAGGUGCAAAUCCUCAUCACAGGUUUGCAGGAUCUUGCUGUGCAGGGUCCUCGCCAAUGAUGAGCCCAUCACCUGAAAUCAAUCUGCAAUUCAGUCGGAGGUCGUCAUCUUCGAAGCCAAUCCCAAUACCGAGAAGAUCAUCAUCAAUCUCAACUGACGAUUCCAACAUUAUGCGUCAGACUGAGUCAAAGAUAAUAAAUGAUAUGAGUAAACCUUCUUCAACAGCACCUCCAUCGACACAAAGCGUCACAGCAUUUGAUCCUCGUUUUAGACAACUGUUCCCGCUUUCACUACCGCAAGCACUUGCAGUAUCAGCUAACAAAGAUGACGAUGACGAUAGCACAAGAGCUGGAUCGAGACAUGGUCAGUAUAGAGUUAGUUGGCCGACAUCACCUUUCUCUAGCCCGUAA